CCCAGGGAGCAGAGGUAAUGGUAAACAGUGCAAAGCAUGAUAUUUCGGAGCAUUAGUAUGCAAUGCCUUGGUGGAUUUGAGAAAGUAUUUUAAUGUAAAAGCAAAUUUCGCGCGGGCGAAGCGCGAGCGCAGCACAUGCGCAUUGCGUUGCACGGCUGCACCCUCGGAAGCGGGAAACAUGAAGUGAUCGAGAGGUGAUAUUUUAUUAUCAUCCACCGGGAGAUCGGCCCUACCUGUAACUGCGGGGUUAGAUCAUGUCCAUACGGCUAGAUACUUCUCUCCUGAAGGCCGGAGUAACAGGCGACUGAAAUGCGGAGGUCUUCAGCUCCGAGUCAGCUCAGUGGCAACGCAGCUAAAAAGUUCAAGUUUAUCCCUCCCAGGAGCGGGGGGCCUGGUUCGGCAACCGCCAGUCUCCCGGCAACGAGUGAGGUAACUCAUGAAAAUGUCAAUAAUGAGAGUUCUUCAUUGCAAUCCAAAGCAUUGGUUGCAAAAUAUAAACUGGUGCAAGGCUGCCCUCUUUACCAAACUACAGGGAGUCUGGAUGAAGGUGUUUGUCUAAAGAGGUCUGAAUCUGAUCAUUCGAAUGCCAUGCCUACUUUGUCAGCGGAACCGGCAAGUACAAGUCAAGCUGAUGUUGAUCCUCAGCAACAGCAGAAGCCAUCCCGAUUCUUUGCAGUACCAAAACAAAUUCGCACAUCACUGCCGCUUGUGUCACAUCAGACAAAUCCAGAAAAUCUAGACAAUGAACAAAACAUUUCCUUCAUCACAUACUACAGUGUCUUGUGGUGUAAAGCAUCAAAGAAGAAACACAAGAAAUGGGAGGGUGAUGCAGUCUUGAUUGUCAGAAAGACGUCUGUUGUUCUCAAGGAUAUGGAGGGCAAAGACAUUGGAAAAGGUACUGGAUACAAACCAAAAGAACUCAAAACUCUUUCUGAGGGUCAGACCUUAAUGAUUGGUGGAAAGGAGGUUGAGAUAACAGGACCAAUCUCUGCGGAGGACUUCAUGAGUGGUCGGUGUUUUCACUCCACUGUUGCUGCUUUGUCACAUUUACCAGUGGCAGCAUUUUCACAGCAUCCUUUGCUAAAACCUUUUACAAACCCAUUAAAGAACAGUCCUGGGCUCAGUCAAACACAAAUUUUUCAAAAAACCAACAGUGAAUGUAAACCUAGGCAUGAUCCAAAUGCUCCAAAUGCUUUAGUAAUGCCACGACCUAACCUUAGUCACCAGUGGCUGUUUAAUAAAGCUGGUCUCCCAUUAGUGGACAUAGUGGUGGACCCUUACCUUGCCAUACACCUGCGACCUCACCAAUGCGAUGGUGUGAUCUUCUUAUAUGAGUGUAUAAUGGGAAUGAGAACUACUGGCAGGUUUGGUGCUAUCUUGGCUGAUGAAAUGGGUCUAGGGAAGACUCUGCAGUGCAUCACAUUAAUUUGGACUCUGAUGCGGCAAGGACCUUAUGGAAGCAAACCUAUAAUCAAAAAGACUCUUGUCGUCACACCAGGGAGUCUUGUAAAAAACUGGGUCAGUGAAUUCCAGAAAUGGCUUGGAAUGGAAAGGCUGAAAGUUUUUGCAGUUGAUCAGGACCACAAAGUGGAAGACUUCAUCAAUUCUCCGCUGUACUCUGUCCUCAUAAUCAGCUAUGAGAUGCUACUGCGAUGCCUAGAACAAAUUCAAAACUUUGAAUUUAACCUGAUAAUUUGUGAUGAAGGUCACCGUUUAAAAAAUAGUUCAAUUAAGACAUCCACAGCAAUUCUUAGCCUCUCUUGUGACAGAAGAGUGAUUCUCACCGGUACUCCAAUACAAAAUGAUCUUCAAGAGUUUUACUCUCUAAUAGAGUUUGUGAAUCCAGGAAUCAUUGGCUCAUCUUCCACCUACAGAAAGAUUUAUGAAGAGCCUAUCAUCAGGUCUAAACAGCCCUCUGCAACAAUAGAUGAAAAGCAGUUGGGUGAAGAGAGAGCAACUGAACUCUGCCGAUUAACUGGAUUCUUUAUACUUCGACGGACACAGGACAUCAUUAACAAUUACCUCCCUCCGAAAACUGAAUGGAUUGUCUUCUGCCGCCCAGCUGUACUGCAGCUUGAAUUUUAUCAGAAACUGCUGGCAUCCCAUGCGGUGAAAUCUUGCCUGCAGGGAAGUUUGGAGAACAGCUCCCACCUAAUAUGCAUAGGGUUACUGAAAAAACUCUGCAAUCACCCUGCACUCUUCUUUAACUCAAUAAAGGGAAAGGAGAUUCUCUGCAAUACAACUGAUUUUGAUCAUCAGUUGAAAAGCAGCCCUUAUGAUGAUUUGGCUGGGAUGUUACCGGUAAAUUAUGAACCACCUGCAUUUACUGAAAAGGAUUCAGGAAAAUUACAAGUAUUGAUAGAUCUUUUGGCAAGCAUUCAUGAACAGAAUUCAGCUGAAAGAGUUGUGCUGGUUUCAAAUUAUACUCAGACAUUAGAUAUACUGCAAGAAAUGUGCAAGCGUUUUGGAUAUAGCUAUACACGACUGGAUGGACAAACCGCUGUCAGCCAGCGACAAAAACUUGUGGAUUCAUUUAAUAGCAAACAUGGCCAGAGUUUCAUCUUCCUGCUCAGCUCAAAGGCUGGCGGAGUUGGAUUAAAUCUAAUUGGAGCAUCUCGGUUGGUUCUGUAUGAUAUUGAUUGGAAUCCUGCAAAUGAUGUUCAGGCUAUGGCCAGAGUAUGGAGAGAUGGUCAAAAGAGACCUGUGCAUAUUUACAGACUACUAACAACAGGGACCAUAGAAGAGAAGAUUUAUCAGCGGCAGGUCAGUAAACAAAGUUUAUCUGGAACAGUGGUUGACCUAAAAAAGAAGAGUGAGCAUGCCAGCUUUUCUUUAGAAGAACUUCGAAAUCUCUUCCAACUAGAAGAAGACUCUAAUUGCCUUACCCAUGAUCUCCUGUACUGCAAAUGUUUAGGAAAUGGACAGCCGAUAGUUAAUCUCACUGCUAAAAAGGCUGCGACUCCUAGACCCUGCCAACUUGGCCAUAAUUCAGAGAUGUCUGAUUCCCAUAAACACCUUUCUAUGUCAGAUCUGAUGGACUGGAAGCACUUUUCUGGAGAAACUCAGCACUUCCCUGAUCCUGUUCUUGAAAAAGCGAAAGAAAAUAUCACCUUCAUGUUUCAAAACACAACAAAACCACAGGCCAUAUCCAGCUGAGGAAAGGAUGAAAAUAUGUAUGCAUACAAUGGAAUUUUGGACUUAACUUUGUGAUUCUAUUUACCCUUGUUUAUAAACUUGGUUACAAGUUCUGGAUAAAUAUUUUGAUACUGUAAUUACCUUAUCCAAGUUCAUGGGCUUUAUUUUGUAAUCGUGUUUUGCAGUUUAUCGACUUGAGAAUUAUCUCUAAUUGAAUAAGUACAGUGACAGCAAUCUAUCAGUUUUACUAGAAUAAAACUCACUUCAGCCUAUCCCAAUGAUAUCCAUUAAUUUUAACUAUUUCUCAGACCAACUACUCUGAUGCUGACUUAGUGAGACAAUUAAGACAUUGUCAAUUCAUGCCCAAUUAUUUUUGCAUGGUAAAUUGGCUUAUCAUCUUGGGGCCUUAUAAUACAAAGGAGAAAUUUUCAUUUCUUUAUUCUGAUAGAAUUCAAACUAAGGCCCCAGAAAAGAGAGUGCGCUAACCAUCAGCACUUGAAGGCUCCAUUCAUUACUAUGUCUUAAAUAUUAAAAAGUGAUUUAAAAUGCUCUUUUGCAUGCAUGCUGCAAUUGGAUGCAUUCAGCAAUACAGUAUGAGGUUUACUGCAUUCACUCACAAUGCCAUUUGACACUGUGAAAAUUGAAGGAGUAUUUCUAUGGGUGCUGUAGCCUGUAUCCAAUCUUAUGAUUGGAAAUAUUAAAGCCUAACCCAAUGGUAUUAUACUUGGAAUCCACGCACAAAGACACUUGGUAUCAUCUAGAAUAGAGAUAAUUGGAUAACUAACUUGUCAAUCAUGCCAGGAGACUCUAAUAAUGAAUGAGUGGGAUUGGUUUUACAGAUAUUAAUUCUGUUUGCUGGAGGUCAUAGAGUCUUGAAAUAGACAUUGUAAGUAAACGUUGUUUACCUUGCAGUUUGCUAUUAAAUAUUUUGUUUGGUUGUAAUCUUUGACGAUCAUAAGUAUAGUUCUGUUUCUACCUCGCUGUUGACAGACAUUGCACACAUACUUUAUAGUAGACGGUCACUGGCUAGAAAUAAACUGUACUUGUGUAGUGGCAUUUCACAUCUCCAGGACACCUCAAGGCUUUACAGUUGAUAAUUUAAUUUAAAAUAACCUUUGUUCCAUAGACAGUGAGUUUGAUAGUGAUCAAAUUGAAUUCUACCCUAGCCCCGAAGCAGUUAGAAUUAUUUAAGUCAAGUCUGGCUGAGAUCAAUUAGCUCAGUGCAGCCCAUGGAUCAUACCAUCCUAGUUAUACUUCAUACAAAACGAGGCCUGAAUUUACUUGUUCAGCUAAUGGAGGAGCUAGUAUGUCAAUAUGCCAGAAGUUGUGUAAAGCAGUGCAUUUAUGCUUUAUUUGGAAAGGGAAAAUAAAAAAGUUCUUAUGUUUGUACAAAACCUCUACAUUUCUUUGUUGGGGUAGAGUUUCUGAGUGGUGGAGUCAUUAAAAGGUCUAUUCCGCCUGCAGUACUGUUCAUAGUAAAUCUAGUGACAGUCUAGCAAGUCAUUUCAGUAAGGCUGUUUUCCUGGGAGAUGUUCAAUUGUUCUUGAUUUCGUCUCAGAGAAGAUUAAAAUUACUGUAGUGAUUGGAACGAAGGCCAGGUGGAUCUCAUUGACUGUGUGAUCUUUGAUUGAGGCUGUUACCUUGAACCUUAGAUAUAAACAGGACUAACACAGAUUCUCCUCAUUCUAGGGACUGGCUCUGGGCUGGCUGGUCAGAGCCCAUUUAUUGUGCACAUGUAAAUAAAGAGUGACUUGGUGACAGGA